AGAAGGGAGCACUUCCGGAAAAAAAAAAACCCUCCUCCCAUCCGCAGCGGGAAGCGUAAACCGUCAAACCGAGGUAUCCUUACCGCCCCGAAGCCGUCGGCCCCCCACGCCACGCCACCCCGGCCGGCCGGCUUGCACGCGCCCCUCCUCUCCCCCCCCCCCUCCCCUCCCCCGAACCCUAGAAUCUUCGAGAAGCAUCGGGCGAGGAGAGCGCCUCAGCGCUUCCGGAAGCUUCUGGAAGGAGGGAAGGGAGUGCCCCGCGGCGGCGGCGAUGGGGGCGUCGGAUCUGGACCGGCAGAUCGAGCAGCUCAAGCGGUGCGAGCCGCUCGCGGAGGCGGAGGUCAAGGCGCUCUGCCUCAAGGCCAUGGAGAUCCUCGUCGAGGAGAGCAACGUCCAACGCGUCGACGCCCCCGUCACCAUAUGUGGAGACAUCCAUGGACAGUUUUAUGACAUGAAAGAACUGUUCAAAGUUGGAGGUGACUGCCCAAAGACAAACUACCUGUUCCUUGGGGAUUUUGUUGACCGAGGGUUUUAUUCUGUUGAAACAUUUUUGCUUCUUUUGGCUUUAAAGGUUAGGUAUCCAGACCGUAUUACUCUAAUACGAGGAAACCAUGAGAGCAGGCAGAUCACACAGGUUUAUGGAUUCUAUGAUGAGUGCCUUCGCAAAUACGGCUCAGUUAAUGUCUGGAGAUAUUGCACAGAUAUAUUCGACUAUUUAAGUUUGUCAGCACUCAUCGAAAACAAAAUCUUUAGUGUCCAUGGAGGCCUUUCUCCUGCUAUUACAACACUGGAUCAGAUAAGAGUAAUAGAUCGCAAGCAAGAAGUACCUCAUGAUGGGGCCAUGUGUGACCUUCUAUGGUCUGAUCCAGAGGAUGCUGUAGAUGGUUGGGGAUUAAGUCCUCGAGGUGCAGGAUUCCUCUUUGGUGGAAAUGUAGUUGCAUCAUUUAACCACUCAAACAACAUAGAUUAUAUUUGCCGUGCGCAUCAACUUGUCAUGGAAGGGUACAAAUGGAUGUUCAAUAACAAGAUUGUAACUGUAUGGUCUGCUCCUAAUUACUGCUACAGGUGUGGCAAUGUUGCUGCAAUCCUAGAGCUGGAUGAGAACCUAACUAAGCAGUUCCGCGUAUUUGAAGCUGCUCCACAUGAAUCAAGAGGUAUUCCUUCUAAGAGGCCAGCACCAGAUUACUUUCUGUGAUGCUGUACAUUCUACACGUGAGCUUGCUGCCUAUCUCUGCUUUCAAGCACUGGCAGACAAGUCGUGUGGAUAUUCCAUGCCAAAGAAGAGGUCAGGCCUUUCAAGAGUCUUGCCAGGAGGUGCUUUCAGGAUGUAUAAAUCAAGUGUUAUGUUCUCCUUUCAGGUCUAUGAUUUGUAAGAACGUUGAUGUUGGCAUCCAGUUCUUCACAGAAUAGCUCCCAUUUGAGCUCGAGAAACAUGCCUCGUGAUGGGAUUUCAUGGGUGUGCAUUAGUACAUGGUGUAAAAUUUUGUUGCAGUCGCUUCAUCCCUAAGAAAACCCAUUUCUAGAAUCCGGCUUGAUUUGCAAAUGGUGUGCCUGGGUUUCUGUUGUGCUGCAAGUGUAGGAAAUUUUGUCGCUGACAUUUGCGCAAACCAUUCGGAGUAAAGCAUAUUGGUCAAGGUACCAUUUGCUAGUAGUACUAACUUGCCUGAAAUAUCCGCAUGUAACGGUUGUAAUGUAACUUACACUGGCAGUUUAUCUAAUGUCUACUCAGUAACUUUUCUAACUACAAUUUGAUGCUGUGUUGUGCCUU